AUGGCUGAUUCAACCGACAACUCUGCUGAAACUAGUCAACGUAAUAAAAAAAGUGUUAGAGGUCCCACUAUGUUGAAAGCAAUUGAAAACGUUCGUAAAACGGGUAUAAAGAUCCCUCUCCAGUUUGAUCUAGAAACUGGAGAGUGUUAUGGUAACAAUGCCUCCCAUUUUAAGAGUUACGUAGCACUUCUUACUCGAGAAAGAUGCAGUAUUGCGAAAGAGUUGUGGAAACAUAUACCUGAAGGAGUAAAAAAUGCUAUGUGGACAGAUAUUAAGGCUAUUUUUGUUAUACCCGGGUUUGAUGAUGCAAAAAGGAAUGAUCAUUUUAAGAAAAUAUGGUUGUGGAAACAAGUGUUGUUUAAGAUAGUGGGGUGCUAUCUUGUGUUGUAUGUUAGAAAGAUUGUUAGGGGGUCUUGGGGUUGCACUCUUAAACUUACAGCUUGUAUAGCUCAUGGGAUUUGUGGAGAUAAUAGUACAUGUAGUUAUAAUCCUAAGCAUGGAAGAAAAUGUUCUUGUAUUCCAGGUUAUAGAGUCAAGAAUCAUAGUGAUUGGUCUUAUGGUUGCGAACCUAUGUUCGAUUUUACUUGCAAUAGAAGCGAGUCUACCUUUUCAGGGAUGGUAAAUGUUGAGUUUUAUGGGUAUGACAUUCACUAUGUUGAAGUUAGUAACUAUAGUUCUUGUGAGAAAUUAUGCUUACAAGAUUGUAAUUGUAAAGGAUUUCAGCACGGUUUUGGAUCGGGAAAAGGCUUUUAUAAGUGUUAUACAAAAACACAAUUGAGAAAUGGAAGGCAUUCGCCAUUCUUUGUAGGAACAACAUACUUGAGAUUGCCUAAAGGUAAUAACUUUUCGAAACAAGAAACUUCCACUCCGGGGGACCAUAUUUGUCAAGUGAAACUUCAAAGAGUUUUCGUUAGUGCAAGCGAGAGUCAUUUUGUGAAGUUUUUUUUAUGGUUUGUCACCGCGAUUGGAGCUUUCGAGGUGGUUUUCAUUUUUGUCAUUUGGUGCUCCCUAUUAAGGACGCACCAAAAUACUAAUGCAGACCAACAGGGCUACCAUCUAGCGGAUAUUGGGUUCCGAAAAUUCAGUUACUUGGAGCUAAAGAAAGCAACAAAAGGGUUCAGUCAAGAGAUCGGAAGAGGCGGAGGAGGGGUUGUUUACAAAGGCAUAUUAUCUGAUGAAAGACAUGCUGCAAUAAAGAGACUUUACAAUGCUCAACAAGGAGGAGAAGGCGAGUUUCUCGCUGAAGUAGGCAUUGGAAGGCUUAAUCACAUGAAUUUGAUUGAAAUGUGGGGAUAUUGUGCUGAGGGAAAAUAUAGAUUAUUGGUUUAUGAAUACAUGGAAAAUGGUUCUUUAGCUGACAAUUUGUCAUCUAAUAAACUUGAUUGUAGUAAAAGGUACAAAAUUGCUUUAGCAAUAGCAAGAGUUUUAGCAUAUCUACAUGAAGAAUGCUUGGAGUGGAUUUUACAUUGUGAUAUAAAGCCACAAAAUAUUGGAUUAAAUUAUGUACAUAGUUGUCUACCCAAAACAUACUUUGCAGCAAAUAGAUAA